AUGAUGUUGAUUAAAGUGAUUAUUCUAUUGCUUUUGAAUAUCUCAAUCGCAAAAUCAUCUCAUUUUUAUGGUGGAACUAUAACCUGGAAACCAAUGAAUAAUACAGCAACAGGUUCAACGAUUCCGGUGAUGUUCACACAAUCAUAUCAGUUCAAACGCUCAAUUUCCAUACCUAAUGCCUACGAUUAUUGUGAUCAAACUAUAAUUAUGAAUCAAUUACCUAAGAUACCAAAUUCAGGGCAAACACUUUCAUGUGUUAGCUCUGUUUGUGCCAAUUACGUGCCUAUCUCAAUAAAUGGAUACUGUACUGAUUUCAGUGUUGUGCAGGAUUCCAGUUCAACACAAAUUGCAACAAUUCAGAGUAUCACAGUUGGAGCAAAGUUUUGUGUAGCAUUUCGAGAUGCUUCUUGGCCGAUUGUAUAUUCAAUGGCAUGUGUUGGUGGUUGCUUUAUUGGUGGUGCUGGUUGGUCAAUUGUAUCUUGUCUUGAUUUAACAGUACGAUCAAAUGGAUUUAUCAAUACACCGCCAGUUGCAACAGUGAUUUCACCGGUGAAAGUGCCAAUUAACACAACAACUGAUAUAAAAAUACCGAUUAUUGAUGCAGAUGCUGAUUAUUUGAGAUGCCGUUGGAGUGCGAAUACAUCAACAAUUGAUGAAUGUGGUUUACUUUGCGAAGCAGUACCAGGUGGUACUAUAGAUUCAACUAAUUGCAUACUGACAUUCAAUAGUUCUGGCAAAACAAUGGGAAGUUACUAUGUUGUAGCAAUGACGGUUGAAGAUUUUAGCAAUGCAACUUCAUUAAUACCGUUGAGUAGUGUUCCAAUACAAUUUCUUAUUCAAAUUGUUAGUACGCCAACUUGUCCAUUAAAACCAACAAUCAGCUCCAUUUUACCAAAAUGUACAAAUAUUGAAGUUGGCGUUCAGUUUCGUUUUACAUUAAAUAUAACUGUUGGAUGUUUCGGAACCAAUGUGACUGAUGUAAAUACCAAUCCACCUUUAUAUAUGUACAAAGGAGUUUUGAGAAGAGUUGGAAUAUCUAAUAUUUGGACGAUAGAUGAAACAUGGAUUCCAGCUUCUAAUCAGUUGGGAUCUCAAGUCUUUUGUGCUGUAGCUACCGAUAGUGAAGGUAUACCAUCAGAUCAGUACUGUCUCACAUUUUUUGUUGUACCUACUGGAUCUUCUCUUCGGUGUCCAGGUGAAACAACAACAACACAAUCAAUUACACAAACUGGAAACAAAUUAAUUGAUCUACGGCCUAUUAUUGGGUUCAUUUUGGGCCUAUUAGUUUUAAGCGCUUUAUGCUUUUGUUGUUAUUGGUGGUUAUUUCGUUCCAGUCGUUUACGUUGCCCACACCGUAAACGAAAGAAGAUAUCGACGAGUGAACAUUUGGCCCUUCAAAAUUAUCAUUCAAAGAAGGUUUCAUCAAGAAAACCUACAAGAAUGACUACGAUUGAGCCUCCAGAUCGUUCUUCAUCUGAGAGUAGGGCAACAAUUAUAACUUCAGCAGACGAUUUAGCAUGUAAAAGUAGGGUCAGUAACGAUCUUCCAAUCAACAGUAUUGAUGACGAACUGCCUCAAAGAGAUAUUGUCGAUGAUGUCAGUAUUACACCUGUCGAACGAUCAUCAAUAUCUUCGUUCACAGAUUCUAGUGAAAUUUCAAUAAAUUUUUCUAAAACAGAAACGCCAGUAACAAUGGACUUCAACUCCUCGAUUCGAAUUAGUGAAAAUCAUUCAUUAUCAAUAACGAAACGAAGAAGUCCAGUGUGUGUCAAUACGAUCAAACGAUUGUCUACAUCAACAAAAAAUCUUACACGAUCACUGACUGGACAUAAGAUUAUCACCGAUAAAUAUCAAAACACUUCAGUAUCAGUUGUUCGAAAAUUGAAUACCGUUGUUCCAUCAAAACAUUCAUCAUCUUACCGAAAUACUAGACCAAAUUCAUUACAAACGAAUAAGGACAAAGGAAAUGUUACUGUUACACGAGUAAUUAAGAUAUAG